CUUGCCUACUUGCAACUCCUCCACUCCCGGCAGGAAUCCACCACGUGUACAUGUGUCAAUCAGUCACAGGUCACAAACCUCAAACACCCUACCCUGCUUCAUCUUCUUCACUUGAGAAUUCUCAAAACCACUGAAAAUGGAAACCCUAGCUAUUUUCACACUCCUCAUGCUUUCAUCCAUGGCCAGGUUAAGAAAUGCCAGCGGUUCCGAUGGCGAGGAAUGGUCCGACGCCCACGCCACAUUCUACGGCGGCGCUGAUGCAUCCGGUACAAUGGGUGGAGCUUGUGGGUAUGGAGAUCUGUAUGGGCAAGGAUAUGGAGAAAGCAAUGCUGCACUAAGCACCGCCCUUUUCAACGAUGGACUAAGCUGCGGCGCGUGUUUUGAGAUCAAGUGUGCCGGCGAUAAUGAGCAGUGUUUUCCGGGAUCAAUUGUGGUCACCGCCACAAAUUUCUGCCCUCCUAGUACUCUACCCAGUGAUGCGGGAGGAUGGUGUAACUCUCCCUUGAAACACUUUGAUCUCUCCCAGCCAAUUUUCCAGCAUAUCGCUCAGUACAGAGCUGGAAUUGUCCCUGUUCAAUACAGAAGGGUUCCUUGCAAGAAGAGUGGCGGAAUCAAAUUCACGAUAACAGGUCACUCCUUCUACAAUCUGGUACUCAUAACCAACGUGGGAGGAGCAGGGGAUGUGGUGUCUGUUUCUAUCAAGGGAUCCAACACCAAUUGGUUACCGAUGUCGCACAAUUGGGGCCAAAACUGGCAGAGUAAUGUCUACCUAAAUGGACAAGCUUUGUCCUUCAAGCUCACCACGAGUGAUGGCCUCUCUAUAGUCUCUAACAAUGUCGCACCUUCAACCUGGUCUUUCGGUCAGAGCUAUACUGGUGGACAGUUCUCCGGUGCCCAGAAUACCAGUGCCCAGUCUCCCGGUACUCAGCCCUUUGUCGGCAAGCCAUCCAGUGCCCAUUCUCCUGUCGCCCAACCCUCCCCCUCCACUGUCGGUGCCCACUUCCCUGGUGACCAGUCCCCAAGCGCCCAGUUUCCCGGUGGGCAGCCGCAGCGCCACUCCCCAUCUUCCAGAUCUUUAACUACUAAGAAACUCUCUUAUCUUAAUUUCUUGGCACUUCUUCUACUUGGAAUAAUAUAAAGGGAUAAAAUAUAAAAGCAUAGUUCAACUAUUAAUUUAAUAUUUUAAUUCAAACGGAAGUGGAUUACAUAUAUAUAUAUAAUUUGUGUCUUUAAAGAUGAGAGUUUAGCAUUUUGUUUGUUGAAUAGAUUAAGUUCUACCUAAAUUUCUUAUUGUAAAACUACAGCAUGUUGUACUAAUUAUCAGUUAUCUUAAUUUCUUUGUACUUUUUGUAGCUC